UCAGUGUUAUUGUUUCCCAACAUCAUUACGACAAACCUGACAUAGACAGCAGAACUUAAGGAAUAAAUCAUUCCUCUACGUUUGGAAUUGAUCGUUAUUAAGUGCUCACGACUUUUAUAUCCAUUAAGUAUUUCACGUUUAUGAGGGCAUUUGCGCCUUCUGGAGACAUACCCUAUCGGCGGGUGCUGGCACCAUGUCUCAAAGAAACCAUAAUACACGCAGUACCGCACAAAGCACUCAGAGUUCUACUAGAAAUACCUCAUCAGUUAAACGAUCUACUAGAAACGCCUCGCAAGCCAGUAAAACAAAUACCAAAAACACUUCACCAACCAGCCAGAGAACCCAGCAAAAUGAUGACGAUGAAUACAUGACACAGUCUCAAGCAACUCAAAGCAAAGAUCUGACUGCUGAAGAAGAAAAUCAGCUAGUUGGAAGCGUGAUAAGAUAUUUAUUAGCAGUUGACAGAACUAAGCAUGUCAUACAAAGACCACAAUUGGUUAAAAAUGUUUUUGGAACAUAUAAUAAACAUUAUCGCAAGAUUAUGACCAAAGUUAAAGCCACUUUGACUCAAGUGUUUGGUUUUAAUCUGGUAGAAUUUGAAACUGGCAAAUACAUUUUGACAAAUGCUAUUACAAUGAAUCCUCCACAUCUUUCGUGUCCGGAGAGCGAAAAACCCCGUCGAAUUUUGCUGAUUUUGGUUCUUGCUCAUAUUUUUAUGUUGGAUGGUAUAUGCAAGGAAGAAUUGUUAUGGGACUUUUUAAGAAAAUUGACAAUAAUUCCUGGAGACGGUUUUAAGACUCAGAUGUUUGGUGAUGUACACAAAAUAAUCACUGUUGAAUUUGUGAAACAACAGUAUUUAAAAAUGCCCAAGAUAGGAUCAUCGGAUCCACCUGCAUAUGAGUUUCAUUGGGGUGUGCGUGCCGAGGAAGAGGUUUCGAAACGUCAUUUGUUGGAAUUCGUUUCGAAGAUGUAUAACGAUCGCCCGAUCAAAAGCUGGCCUAAACAAUUCAAUGCCUUGAAUGAGUCCGAAUGCCAAAGCAUAGAGAGUGAAGACGAUAACUAAGGUGAACCUAUUGCAAAGAGUUUAAUAAACUGAUAUGAAAAUUAGGAAAUAAUGAAGCACUGUACUAUUUUUGUAACAAGACUUUUAACCGUGUCCGUCUAAUUAUUUCUGUAUUUUAUACUACAUACAUUCGUGUGCUAAAUUUUAUGUAUUAUGGACUUUUUUUUUAUUAAACAUCUAUUGAAACUUUU